AUGGCCGUGAACGCCACUGCGCUCAGUGCGCGCAUCUCUGCUCCAACUUCAAACCGCUUCUGUCAGAUUACUGAAAAGCAGACGGCUUUUACGAUGGAUGCUACUAUUUAUGACAUCAUACUGGGAGAGCUCGCAGAGCUGAACUGUAGUUUGAUAGAACAUUUUCAAGACACUUUUUAUGAGAACGCUUCAUUGGCUCUGAUGAGCGCUGAUGGUUUAUAUUGUAAUGCCACCACGGAUGAGAUUGGAACCUGCUGGCCGCGCAGUGGCACUGGCAGGAUUGUGGAGAGACCGUGCCCUGCUUAUAUCAACGGAGUGAAGUACAACACAACCAGAAGUGCUUACAGAGAAUGCAUGGAUAACGGCACAUGGGCAUUCAAGAUCAAUUACUCCAACUGCGAGCCUAUUUUGGAAGAGAAGAGAAAAUAUCCCAUGCAUUACAAGAUAGCCCUGAUCAUCAACUACCUAGGCCACUGUAUCUCUGUGGGAGCUCUUAUUGUGGCCUUUGUUCUCUUCUUAUGCUUAAGGAGCAUACGAUGUCUUCGAAACAUCAUCCAUUGGAAUUUGAUUACUACCUUCAUACUGAGGAACGUUAUGUGGUUUUUGCUUCAGUUGAUUGAUCACAACAUCCAUGAGAGUAAUGAGCCUUGGUGUCGAUUAAUUACAACAAUAUACAACUACUUUGUUGUGACCAACUUCUUCUGGAUGUUUGUUGAAGGAUGCUAUCUUCACACUGCUAUUGUAAUGACUUAUUCUACUGAUAAGUUGAGAAAGUGGGUCUUCCUUUUCAUUGGUUGGUGCAUUCCUUGUCCUAUAAUUGUGGCUUGGGCUAUUGGAAAACUGUAUUAUGAAAAUGAAAAAUGCUGGUUUGGUAAAGAACCUGGAAAAUACAUGGACUAUAUUUAUCAGGGACCAGUUAUUUUUGUGCUUCUGAUAAACUUUGUUUUCCUCUUCAACAUAGUAAGAAUUCUCAUGACCAAGCUAAGAGCUUCAACCACAUCAGAAACAAUUCAGUACAGAAAAGCUGUAAAAGCCACUCUCGUCUUAUUACCUCUGCUGGGUAUCACCUACAUGUUGUUCUUUGUCAAUCCCGGGGAGGACGACAUCUCACAAAUUGUUUUUAUCUAUUUUAACUCCUUUUUACAGUCUUUUCAGGGAUUUUUUGUGUCAGUGUUUUACUGCUUUCUAAAUGGAGAGGUUCGCUCUGCUGUGAGGAAACGGUGGCACCGCUGGCAGGAUAACCACACUCUUCGAGUACGAGUGGCUCGAGCCAUGUCCAUCCCCACAUCUCCGACCAGGAUUAGCUUUCACAGCAUCAAACAGACUACAGCUGUAUGAACAUGGGAACAAACUUUAUUCCCUUUACACAUGCUUAUCCACAGAAGAGCCUUCAUCCUUUUUAAUCCAAUAAUACAAAUAAGACAGAGAAAAUUACUUCUAAGUCAACAAGAAACUAGAAUUUGCAGUUCUGGUUCAGGAUUUUAGAAGCUGCAUUGUUUUAUGAAAAUGUACAAAGCCUAAGAUAAAAGAUUUGAAGUUAUCCCAAGAGAAUUUUGCAACAGCAACAAGUCACCUUUUUGAAACAUAGCAGUUCAAUGUUCCUUCUGAUGUUAACUCACUGCUUAUUGUUUAUUAAGGAGAAGACAAGAAUUUAAGAGGCAGCUAAUACACUUGUAGGAAGGCCACUCUCUCAUUAUGCUAAAAGAGGGCAAUCAAUAAUACUUGAAUUUUAAUUGAACACAAUGCAUCCAUUUGAUUAACUUUUUUUAAAGGGUUAAAAACAAUUAUGUAGAAUUGAGAUUGGAUUUUUCCAGGGAAUAUUUUGUUUUGUUGUUCAGUGCAGGUUUACAUAUUGUAAUGGUACUUUUUUCAAAAGGUUGUACUUUCCUAUCUAUUCUUUGUGUUUGUUCAAGCCACUAUUUUUUUCUUUUCUGUGCAAAAACAAACACCAGGGUGCACACAGAAACAACAUUCAAAUUCAGGGCCUGUCUGGUUCCCCAGAAGCCUCAUUCCCAAUUCAUCUUUAUUCUAGAAUCUAGAUGUUUAAAUAUAAGAUUAUAUCUAUUACUUUAAGAAGUGAAAGUGAUUCCUAGCCAUUUAUGCAAUAUUUGCAUAUAGUGGACAAAGUGGCAUGCAUGGAUUUAUCAUGCAUGCAGAGUGAAAGCAGAUUAAAUUCUUUUUGGCUGUAUGAAAUCCUUGUGGCUUUCUCAUAAUCAGUGUCACAACUAAGCUUCUGCUGCUGAGGAAGGAAAGCCUGAUGGAUUGGGAACUAGUCACUUCCCUAAAGAGGCGCCCUGGUCAGGUCAGCAUAUUUCUCUCAAUGUAAUGCCAGCUUUUACAUCUCAAAAGGCUUAUCCCACAAAGUAACCCAAACAGCAAUGUGUUUGCUAUGGUGUCUGCUUAAAAAAAUAUAACUGCUGAACUAUUGAAAGCAGAUGAUAAUUGUUAAUAUAUAUUUUUUUGGAAGGUAUUUUAAAAAGUAUAUGUAAUUUGUUGAUGACCUAAAAUGCUGCUGCUGUUAGAAAGUAUGUCAUCACACCAUUUGAAUAAUUUCGAGUAUUGUUAAACUUGUAAAAUGGGUGUGUUGAGUUUUGAAUUUCUUCUAAUAGUUCACAUGAACUUCUCCUAACGAUAUAUUGUUGUUGUUGUUGCUUUUUUUGUCAGUGUUAUGAAUGAUGUCUAGUUUGUCUGUUCCCUAACAAAACUUGAUCAGGUGCAUCUUAGUAAAUAAGAAUAAGUAUAAUCUCAUUUGGUUCUAUAUAUUGUGACUUAUAGCUUAUAAAAAUCCGCAUUUUGUUUUCUUUCAAAAACGUAUUUACCACUGAAGGCCAAAAAAAACAUUUUUAACAUAGCAUUUGUUCUAGUAUUUGAAUUCAGUAGCCUACUUAGUUUAAACACUUUUUGUAUGAUUAAGGGCAUCAAUGCAGCAUGGCAUGAGUGCUGUCAGCUCAUAGUGGCCUUUAUCUCAUCUGCAUUUUGGGAUGUGUCGACUUUCGUCUUGUUCUACACAAUAUCUUAAUGGGUUCUGUAUGGGAUUUAGGUCAAGUAAGUUUUUCUUGGCAAUCAAGCUGAGUGGCCAUUCAACCAGGUUUUUGUACUUUGAGCAUUGUGAGCAGGAUCAACAUAUGAAACUGGUAAAUUAACUAAAAUCCUGAUAAAUCUUUUAAGCAGAGAGAAUUAGUAAGUGC